CCAGGUGCGGGAGCAAGGCCUGCUGAAAAUGACUGAAUAUAAACUUGUGGUAGUUGGAGCUGGUGGCGUAGGCAAGAGUGCCUUGACGAUACAGCUAAUUCAGAACCACUUUGUGGAUGCAUAUGAUCCUAUGAUAGAGGAUUCCUACAGGAAACAAGUAGUAAUUGACGGAGAAACCUGCCACUUGGAUAUUCUCGACACUGCAGGUCAAGAGGAGUACAGUGCAAUGAGGGACCAGUACAUGAGGACUGGGGAGGGCUUUCUUUGUGUAUUUGCCAUAAAUAAUACUAAAUCAUUUGAAGAUAUUCACCAUUAUAGAGAACAAAUAAAAAGAGUUAAAGACUCUGAAGAUGUACCUAUGGUCCUAGUAGGAAAUAAAUGUGAUUUGCCUUCUAGAACAGUAGACACAAAACAGGCUCAGGACUUAGCAAGAAGUUAUGGAAUUCCUUUUAUUAAAACAUCAGCAAAGACAAGACAGAGAGUGGAGGAUGCUUUUUAUACAUUGGUGAGAGAGAUCCGACAAUACAGAUUGAAAAAAAUCAGCAAAGAAGAAAAGACUCCUGGCUGUGUGAAAAUUAAAAAAUGCAUUGUAAUGUAAUCUGGGUGUUGAUGAUGCCUUCUAUACAUUAGUUCGAGAAAUUCGAAAACAUAAAGAAAAAAUGAGCAAAGAUGGUAAAAAGAAGAAAAAGAAGUCAAAGACAAAGUGUAUAAUUAUGUAAAUACAAUUCGUACUUUUUUCUUAAGGCAUACUUAAGUAAAAGUGGUAAUUUUUG